AUGAUGAAAAAAAUGAAUAAGCAAUACAAUUAAUUGAUAAUGCAUUACUAAUUAAUCCUAGUCAUUAAUUGUUAUUAUAUACGAAAGGUAUAAAAGCUAUAGAUAAAUAUAUUAGCUGACAGUCUAAGUUUAAUUAUUUUUAAACUUUUAAAUGUAAGAAUGCUUAAUCAUUACCGAGAAGCAAUAAUAUGGACAGAUAAAGCCUUGAGAGUAGAUUCAACGCAUGUUGACUCAUUAUAUACAAAUAAUAAAUAAAUAGUUCAGCUUCCAGUUUGAAAUUAUUUAAUAAUAUAAAUUUUGAAUAUAUGUAUGAUCAAUUAAUAUAAAGAAGCAAUAAUAGGCAAAUUAAGCUUUAUCAAUUGAUUCAUCACAUUUAGACUUUUUAAACACAAAAGGUAUAAAUAUUAUUGAUAAAUUUACAAGCUGAAAGUUUAAAGUAAUUUCAUAUCAGAAUGAUUGACGAAUAUGAAGAAGCAAUUAAAUGGGCUGAUAAAGAUUUAUCAAUAAAAUCAUGGCAUGUCAGUUUAUUACAUACAAAACGCAUACAAAUAAUCAAUAAUUAUUUAGCCGAUAGUUCAAAGUAAUUUAAUCAUAAACUAUUUGAUUAUAAAAAUGCUUGA